AUGUUUGUUAUGGGUUCGACACUGGGUGUUUUAGUAUAUGAAUUGUCCAUGGCCUUGUUAGCUGCAGGUUCUGGAGUUGUAUUAGCUAGUGAUGACAUGCCGACAUAUUGUGUAGCAAAACCAGAUGGGGUCGUCGAUCGGAAUGUGUUACUGGAUGCACUCAACUGGGUUUGUGGUAAAGUAGACUUCUCCCUUUUGUUGCAGGGUCAGCGAUAUUACGAACCAGACACAGUUUCAGCACACGCCUCCUAUGCGUUCAAUGAAUACUAUCACCAGAGUGGACGGUUAACGGUAACAUGUGACUUUAACGGAGCGGCUAUGGCAACUACUACAGACCCGAGUCACGAUACAUGUACUUUUAGGCGCGGUCGUCAUCAGUCAGCACCUACUGUAUCACUUGGUUGGAGUCUUCCAGUGAGUGGUACUGGAGCAGUAUUAUUGGUUGUGAUGACUUUGAUUUUAUUCUAG